AUGUUUUCGAACAGUAGUAAUUUUGCUGGUGCAUCAUCGGUAUUAAAAGAAAAAGCUGCUCUUCGUGAUUCUGAACGACAUCGUGCUAAACGAAGCAGCAGUAGCCUAUCCCGUAUGCAAUUACGGGUAGGUUCUGUUGGUGGAUUGAGGUUGUCCAGUUUGACACUGGUAAAGGAAAACAAUGUUGAAGAAGUCCUUUGGGAAAUGGUGGACUACCGUUUAGGUUUUCACCCAUCAAUACACUGCCGACCCGACUUUGGCAUGGGAAAUGCUGAAGGAGAAACGGCCGGUGAAGCCAGUUAG